AUGGCGUCCAAGAUCGAUGGCACCGCCAUUGCCAAGAACAUCCGCGCAGGUCUUAAGGAAGAGAUUGUGAAGACCCAGGAGACCAACCCCCGCUUCAAGCCCAAUCUCGUCAUCUUCCAGGUUGGAAACCGGUCCGAUUCCAGUACUUAUGUGCGCAUGAAGCUGAAGGCCGCACAAGAGGCCAACAUUAUUUGCACUCUGAUCAAUAUCCCUGAGUCAAGCACAGAGUCUGAACUCCUCCAGGAGAUCACCAAGGUCAACAAUGACCCCGCCGUGCACGGUAUCCUGGUCCAAUUGCCCCUCCCGAGCCACAUGUCAGAGCACGCCAUCACCUCGGCGGUCUCUGAUGAGAAGGACGUUGAUGGAUUCGGCGCAAUCAACAUUGGUGAGCUGGCCAAGCGUGGCGGUCGCCCGCUGUUCACUCCCUGCACCCCGCUUGCUGUGAUGGAGCUGCUGAAGGCUAGUGGAGUCGACCCCGCUGGCAAGGAGGCCGUUGUUCUUGGUCGCAGCGACAUUGUCGGCAGCCCCGUUAGCUACCUGCUCAAGAAUGCCGAUGCUACUGUCACAGUCUGCCACUCUAAGACCCCCGACAUCGCCCGCAUCGUGAAGAACGCCGACAUCGUUGUUGCUGCUAUUGGAAAGACCGAGAUGGUCACAGGCGACUGGCUGAAGCCUGGUGCUGUCGUCAUUGACGUCGGUAUCAACUACAAGCCCGAUGCGACCAAGAAGUCCGGUGAGCGUUUGGUCGGCGAUGUUGAGUUUGAGUCUGCGGCCGCCGUGGCUUCGCAGAUUACCCCGGUUCCUGGCGGUGUUGGCCCCAUGACUGUGGCCAUGCUGCUUAAGAAUGUCGUUGGCUCUGCCAAGGCAUACUUCGAGAAGCAGAAGGACCGUCACAUCACCCCGCUUCCCAUUAGAUUGGAAACCCCCGUUCCCUCCGACAUUGCGAUCUCCCGCGCUCAGUACCCCAAGGCCAUUACUAAGGUCGCAUCUGAGGUCGGCAUUGCCAAUCACGAGCUGGAGCCUUACGGUCACACCAAGGCCAAGGUCAGCCUCGAUGUUUUGGACCGCCUCUCUCACCGCCGCAACGGAAGAUAUGUGCUGAUUUGUGGAAUUACACCUACUCCUCUCGGCGAGGGCAAGUCAACCACAACUCUGGGCCUCACCCAGGCUCUUGGUGCUCACUUGAACCGUAUUACCUUCGCCAACGUUCGUCAGCCUAGCCAGGGCCCUACCUUCGGUAUCAAGGGCGGUGCCGCCGGUGGUGGUUACAGUCAGGUUAUUCCUAUGGAUGAGUUUAACCUUCACUUGACCGGUGACAUUCAUGCCAUUACUGCCGCCAACAACCUUCUUGCUGCGGCCAUUGAGACCCGUAUGUUCCACGAGUCUACACAGAAGGAUGGCCCUCUGUACAAGCGUCUUGUGCCUGCUUCGAAGGGCAAGCGCGAGUUCAAGCCCAUCAUGUUCCGCCGCCUGAAGAAGCUUGGUAUCGAGAAGACCAACCCCGAUGAGCUGACCGAGGACGAGAUCCACCGUUUUGCCCGUCUGGACAUUGACCCGGAGACCAUUACCUGGCGUCGCGUGCUUGAUGUCAACGACCGUCACCUGCGCGGUAUUACCGUUGGCCAGGCCCCUACUGAGAAGGGCCACACCCGUGAGACUGGCUUCGAUAUCUCCGUCGCCAGCGAAUGUAUGGCCAUUCUCGCGCUGAGUAACGGCCUGGAGGAUAUGCGUGAGCGCCUUGGCCGUAUGGUCGUGGCCACCUCCCGCAGUGGUGACCCGGUUACCUGUGACGACAUCGGUGCUGGUGGCGCCCUUGCUGCCCUCAUGAAGGAUGCCAUCAAGCCCAACCUGAUGCAGAGCUUGGAGGGAACUCCCGUUCUGGUGCAUGCUGGCCCCUUCGCGAACAUCAGUAUCGGAGCUAGCUCGGUAAUUGCCGACAAGCUAGCCCUGAAACUGGCCGGAACUGAACCCGAUGAAGACCACGAUGCUAAGACUGGCUUCGUUGUCACUGAGGCCGGCUUUGACUUCACUAUGGGUGGUGAGCGUUUCUUCAACAUCAAGUGCCGAUCAUCGGGUCUAUCUCCCGAUACCGUUGUCAUCGUGGCCACGGUCCGUGCGCUCAAGGUACACGGUGGUGGUCCCGAGAUCACCCCCGGUGGUGCCCUGCAUGAAAUCUACCGCACCGAGAACGUGGAAAUCCUCCGCAAAGGUUGUGUCAACCUGCGCAAGCACAUCGCCAAUGCCAAGCAGUACGGCGUCCCGGUGGUCGUCGCGAUCAACAAGUUCGAGACCGACACCGAGGCUGAGAUCAACGUCAUCAAGGAGGAGGCUAUCGCUGCCGGUGCCGAAGAUGCUAUCCCGGCUAACCACUGGGCUGAGGGCGGAGCCGGUGCUGUCGACCUGGCCAAGGCUGUUUUGGCCGCCAGCUCCAAGCCCAAGGACUUCAAGCUGCUGUACGACCUGAACGGCACCAUCCAGGAGCGCAUCGAGCGCAUCGGCCAGGCUAUGUACGGUGCCGAUAAGGUUGAGUUCAGCGAACUUGCCCAGAAGAAGGUGGACACCUACACCAAGCAGGGCUUCGCGAACCUCCCGAUCUGUAUCGCCAAGACGCAAUACUCACUCAGUCACGAUCCGGCCCUGAAGGGAGCGCCGACCGGCUUCACGGUCCCUAUCCGCGACGUCAGAUUGGCCGUUGGCGCAGGAUACCUCUACGCUCUGGCAGCCGAUAUCCAGACCAUCCCCGGACUGCCCACAGCACCGGGCUAUCUUAAUGUGGACAUCGACACCGAGACUGGGGAGAUCGACGGAUUGUUCUAG